AGAGAGACUGCUGUCCAUGUGAACAAGCUGUGUAAGCUUAUUAGCUCCACCACUGGUCAGAGGAGCAGAUUGGGGUUAGUCUAAGCCUUAAUCCUCGUGAACCUUAUGCCUGUUAUACAGGAAGCACGACAGAGUCCUUAGCCCCGCCUCCUCCUCACGGCCACAGACUGCUCACAAACGCGCGCGUCACAACAACACACGCCGUCCCUGCUGUCUUGUUUACCACUUUACUGGAAGUGGAGGGGGUUGUGGAGGAAGGGGAGCGAACGGCACGCACUGUUGAGUAGUUCCCCAGUCGCCAUGACGACCUCACACUCCACCAUCCUCAGAACUGUCUCCUUGUUGCCUCGGUGACCUGAUCCCGUUUUGUCUCCAUCCCUCCGAUGAUCCGGAUUGGGCCGAUAAGGGUGCGCAAUCCAGCAGCCGGCGUCUGGUCUUCUCCAAGCAGCAGCCUCCGGUCCAGGAGCGGGGAGGCGAUCCGUGAUGGGAAUGCUGGGAGCGCUGUGGGAGUAGCACCGGAACGUUGCCUGGAAACAGCAGCAUGCCAGUACAGCAGAUAACUGUGGUCCCGGCAAGAGAGACAGCCGGCAACGGAAAGAGUGCCCCUCGCUCCAAAGAAAAGAACGAGGGAAGGAAAGCUCCUGGGCGCUCUGGCAGUCGGUCCAGCAACAUUUCCAAGGUCAGCAACACAGCUUCAAGAGCAUCAACAACCCCGUCUGCUCAGGACAUCUGCAGCUCUGGCCAGCCGACCCGCUUAGAUGAUAUUUCUGAGUCCCGCAAACCGAGCAAGCACAAACCCAGUCCCUCUGCCAUGACGGUCACCAGCACAGCCCUGAGCUCGUCGGCCCAGGCCCAGAAGAAGAAGAGACGGCACCGCCGCAAGAGGAGCAGCUGCUCCACCUUCGACUGCGUGGACCUGAGCGGCAAACAGGAGCAGAGCGACCGCAGCUCCAACCGCAGCGAGCUGGGCGAGAAGCGGGAGCAUUCCAUCAGAAACCGAAAGGAGCUUCCUCCCCGCCUCAGGCGCUCCGGCGUGCCGCAGUCCGACUCCUCCACCGAGGAUGAGGCUUGGCGGGAAACCCGCAGCUGGAGCAAAGAGAAAGCCCGACGAGCACGGCGCCGCAGCGUCAGCAGCCGGGAGAAGGACGCCGCAGGCGGCCGCGGAGCGGGACAGGACAAGGGGGAAGCCAUGGAGCUGCAGUCGGUGAACUCGGACGAAGAGAAGGAGAACCAGCCCCUGGUGGAGGACAGCGGCGGUCUCAAGAAGCGACACAGCACCAGGGGCUCGGCGAAGAGCCCCGUCUCCCAGAAUCGAAGGUCCCGAAGCAGAGAGGGGGAGAAGAAGAGCCGCCGGUCCCGGAGCUCCAGAGACAGCUCCUCGCUGGCAGAGGACGGCGAGCAACUGAUCACCAAGAGAUACCAGGAGAGGGGGUCAGGAGACGGGGACAUGUCGGUGCCCAUCCCCCAGAACCACUGCGGGGCCGGGGAGGGUCACGGGGGCGCAGCCGGACCCGGUUCAGACGACUCUGAGCUGGAGGUCUGCAGGAUCUGCCACUGCGAGGGAGAUGAGGACUGUCCGCUGAUCACGCCCUGCCGCUGCACCGGCAGCCUGAGCUUCGUUCACCAGGGCUGCCUCAACCAGUGGAUCAAGUCGUCUGACACGCGCUGCUGUGAGCUCUGCAAGUUCGACUUCAUCAUGGAAACCAAGCUCAAACCUCUGAGCAAGUGGGAGAAGCUGCACAUGACGAAGAGUGAGAGGAGGAAGAUCUUCUGUUCGGUUUUGUUUCACCUCAUAGCUAUAGUGUGUAUGUUGUGGUCUGUCUACAUUCUGGUCAAGAGAACCACAGACGAGAUCCGACUGGGGAAGAACGACGAGUUACGGAGAGUUUCUCUUCUCAAGUACUAUUCAGCUCAGGGUGUGCUGGAGUGGCCCUUCUGGACCAAGCUGAUAGUGGUGGCCAUCGGCUUCACGGGCGGCCUCAUCUUCAUGUACAUCCAGUGCAAAGUCUACCUGCAGCUGUGGCGCCGCCUCAAGGCCUUCAACCGCAUCAUCACGGUGCAGAACUGCCCGGAGAAGAACCUGCACCACCCUCCUCAGGCCCGGCCCGGCGCCAUGUCCAACGGGAAGCACGAAGCUGUGGAAGUUUCCGUCGCUCCGGCUCUGGCUCCGGCUCAGGACAUGGACUCGGACUUGUUCGUGGAGGCUGCGGUGGCGCCGGACCCAAAUCCCGUCUGACCGCUCCUCCUGCGUGCCGGACCACGCUCUGCUCUGUUCAGAGAGCAAGGCGUGAUUCAAGACUCAGGUGGUACUUUCUGCUCAGCUGCAGAGAUAGCUGGUCUUUGAGAUGCAGCAGAUGAGUCUAAAUACUGAUCCCAUCCAGUACAGCUGGCAUGACGUGGAGGGACAAAACGCAAGAGACCGGUAAGAAAAGAGAGACAAUAAGAAGGGGACUGAAGAGGAAAGACGUGGUUUAAUGGCUUACUGAUGCCAUGUUAUAGUAUGCACUUUCUAAACCUGCACUGAUAGAAAUGGUGUAGUUGAAAACUCCUGAGGAUGGGUUCAACCAGAGGUCUCAGUGUGCUUCAAAUACACCUAGCAAACUGAAAACUGAGUUCAAAUAUAAAGCUUCACACAUCCCACAUAUACCAGACAAUAUAUAACACCAUAGACACAUGAUCAAUAUCAAUGGAUAAUGCAACUGUUAGGAAAUUCAAUAUUGAGAAUAUUCACUGAACUGCACUGCAUUCUGGAAGAUGCAGGCAAAGGUUUAGCCGCUCAAGGCUAGCAAAGCAAAGUUGCUGGCAUCAGGUGGCCAGGCAACAACCAGCACCUCGUUCUACACUGUUUGCUUCGUACAGAGAGCCUAGAUUCUCAGCUGUUGAGAAACAAUUGCUUCCUGGAGGCAUGGACUCAGGUGAAGUUUUAAACUGAAAAUUGUCUGCACUAUAAACAAUCGUCCUCCACUGCAAAGAGAGAAGUGCUGAGCUAAACAAGAUGGCUGUUAAUGGUAAUUCAAUAUUUGGAAGAGAGACCAAAACACACUGUGAUCGACUUCGUUCACUUCCAACGAUGCCAUUGGUAAAAUUGUGCAGAAAAUCAACGUCAUCAUUGUCGACUCCUUCUGUUUCUGAUUGGCCUGGUGGAAAAUCUACUGGAGGAAAUUCAGUGUUGGGAGAAAGCUCAGACUGAAGGCUAGUGGCGUCAACUGACUCACUCGCUCAUUGGUUACCGAGCAACAACCUGUUCAGUAACUUGAGCAGCAGCAGUGUCAGGUUUUGCCACAGUGCCUAAUAAAUU